AUGCCGGUAAUAGACUGGGCGCUGAGCCUAAGGCCCAGGAGUCUUUUUAUUGUAACAACGGCCUCCAAAAAAAAAACGCUAAGCUUCUCUAAGCAUACGAACUCUCCCUUUCUCUCAACACUUAACGACGACUACCUUCCUCAUCACAUCCGAUCUUCCAACGCCGUAGCUCCACCACAAAGGAUCAUACUCCGUCGUCUUCAACUUCCCGUCCUGUCCUCUAUUCUUCUUCCUCAUCUCACCCGCGACGCCUCCUUCUCUCUGAUCCAUCAUCUCAAAUCAAACCUCAUCCUUAUCUCCGAUUCGGUCCCUCUUCGUCAACGAACACUUUGCAUCUGUCUUUCAACUCCGGCGACCUCCUUCUCCUUCGAUUCAACUCCUUCUUCAUCGCGACGACACCUCUCAAUCAUCAUUACCCCGCCGCUCAUCCAUCAUCAUCUCCGGCCUCGAAGCACCGCCAACCAACUUAGAUUUGAACGUGUGAAUAGAAAACCAGAGAGGAGUCUGAAUCGAAGAUAUUCUGCUGGCUGCGAUACGACUCACAUGCUGAAUCAGAGAUUCAGAGUGCAACCCGUCUAUUUCAUGUUGGAUUGCAAAGGAAUUCUGAACAGUUUCAGCUUUAGUUCGAAAAAAGUGACAUUCUCUUUGGGACACCUUUUUGAAUUGGUUUGCAAGCUUGGUCAAGAGUUUGUGGAAAGCAUUGCGCUACUUGGACGUGGACUGAUCUCUUUUUACAAAUGGUUUAAGGCAAAUGGCAUAAGUUUUGACAAAUGA